GCAUGUCCAAAUUCAAUCGGAAAAAUAAUCCUCGCCGUAUAUCUAUCGGCAGUAAAGAUCGGAGGGGACGUAUUUUGAUCUGCGUGGAUGGUUCGAUCAUCGCCAUGGCGUCGUCUCUUUCUCCUUCUACUUCUCUGACCAAUAUUCCUUCUGACCCAGGCGGGGAAGCAGUUCCUGUCCACAUUGUUACUAAUGCAAGCCAACUUCCAUCUGAAUUCUUACAACCAUCUUCUGAUAACAAAUUGGUGAUUGGUUUUGACUGUGAAGGUGUCGACCUCUGUAGAAAUGGAACCUUGUGUAUCAUGCAGUUAGCCUUUCGAGAUGCCAUAUAUCUGGUUGAUGCAAUUGAAGGUGGAAAUUCACUUAUUGAAGCCUGUAAGCCUGCACUUGAAUCUAGUCACAUCACUAAAGUAAUUCAUGAUUGCAAACGAGAUAGUGAGGCAUUGUAUUUUCAGUUCAACAUCAAAUUGCACAACGUUUUUGAUACCCAGAUUGCUUACAGUUUAAUUGAAGAACAAGAAGGUGGGACAAAAGUCCCAGAUGACUACAUAUCAUUUGUUAGUCUGCUUGCUGAUCCACGUUACUGUGGUGUAUCGUAUCUUGAGAAGGAAGAAGUUAGAGUUCUUCUGAGGAAGGACCCAAACUUCUGGAAAUACAGACCAUUGUCUGAAUUGAUGAUACGUGCAGCUACAGAUGAUGUACGUUUUCUUCUGUACAUAUAUGACAAGAUGGUUGUAAAGAUGAAUGAAAAAUCAUUGUGGUAUCUUGGUGUUCGUGGUAGUCUUUAUUGUCGAUGUUUCUGCAUUUCUGAUAACAAUUAUGCAGAUUGGCCCCCUCUCCCUCCAGUUCCAGAGAAUCUUGUGGUAAAUGAAAAUGAUCUGGAGGAAGAAAUCCUAUCGGUUGUUGAUGUUCCACCGGGGAAGAUGGGGCUUGUUAUUGGUAAAAGAGGAGCUUCCAUUUUGGCUAUUAAGCAGGCUUGCAAUGCGGAAAUAUUCAUUGGGGGUGCUAAGGGACCACCAGACAAGGUGUUUGUAAUUGGGCCAGUGAGGCAAGUGAGGAAAGCGGAAGCCAUUGUAAGGGGAAGGAUGGUGGAAGUCUAUUACUAAAUUUGCUAAGCUCUUCUAAGAUGCAAAAUGUUCUGUAAUCACUCACACUUGUCCUUCUUCAUAUACUUUGUAAUAAGCCAACCAGCACUAGCCAAGUGGGAAGAAUAUGGUUACUUUGUGUUUCGUAAUUGGGCAUGAUAAUGGUUACUUUAGUGCUUUAACCCGAA